CGUCCGACUACUGAUUGACAGGAUGAAGGCCAACAAAGCUGAUCUGCCUCCGCUAAUCAGUGUCAGCGUUGUCCUACUCAUGAUUGCGCUGGUCGUCGUCCUGCCUUACUCGGUGGCUGCAAUCCCAUUCCCCCGCUCUGGCCACCACUCAGAGACGAUAGACAAAGUGCGGAUCCUCUGCCGUAGUUAUGAUGCAAGCUGCCCCUCAACAUACUGUUGUACCUGUGGCUCUAUUUUAACGCCUAACUGCGGAAUCUGUUGCUAAUUAUCGGGUGGUGGAACGGGAUGAAAAAGAAGCUCAUCGAUCACUUUGUCAACAUGAUGAUGAAUAAUCAAACCUACUUCAGUUUCCAUUUACAAAUCCUCUCUAUGUACUUUACCCUUUCAAAUAAUUAUUGGGCUUUUCA